AUGGAGGGGAGGGCGGUGGUCUUGACGGAUCACUGGAGAGGAGACACAGACAGACACACAAUCCCUUUUGGAUUGGUUAGUCCGGAGAGGGUCUGGUCUCUGGCAGCAGUGUAAGCAAACUGUUAUGCUGUCUGUCUCUGUGGUUUUAAAGUAGAGACAUCCGCACAGUUCUCUACUCCUGUCUUCUCACUGUCCAUCAAGGUGUCUUUGCUCUGAGAGAGAGAGCGAGAGAGACUGCUCCAUGA